CGGAGUCCCCCCCCCCAUCACUUUUCUUCUUACUUUCUCAGUUCCCAAACACUCUUUUUCCCACUGCAUCAAACGCCCGAGAAAAUUUUAUACGCGCCCAAAUGGAAUCCCAACCCCAAUCCCAAAAUCCCAACCAUCACCAGAAAUCCAAUCCCAACAUGAAGAAGUCUUGGUCUUUGAAAUCCGACGACUCGGCCCAGGCCGAUUCUCCCCUCCGAUUCCACUCCCCGAUCCGAUCCGACGCCUCCGACCCGCCCGACACUCCGCCGUACGAGUCCGUCGAGAAUACGCCGGAAAAUCCGGUCGACAACUCCAAGGCGAUCACGGUCGUCGACAAGUUCACCAAGUACUCGCCGCUCCGGCCUCAGAAGCCGCCGGAGAACGCCAAGGCGCCGUCGCCGGUGGUGGUGUACAACCGGGCGGUGAGGGAGGAAGUGGCGCCGUCCGUGUCGAAGGUUGGGCCGACCGGCGUAGUCAACGGUGUUGGAGGCGGGGAGGAGGGCGGAGUCACCGGUGUUGGCGGUGGGAGAUCCAGGGGGCUGACGAAUUCGAUUCUAAGACGGUCGAAGAGGGGGGAGAUGGUGAAGACGGCGGCGCUGGGGUUUAGAGUGAGCGAGUUGGUGCUGUGCCUGGUUUCGUUCUCGGUUAUGGCGGCGGAUAAGACUCAGGGCUGGAGCGGCGACUCCUUCGAUCGCUACAAGGAAUACAGGUAUUGCUUAUCUGUGAAUGCAAUUGGAUUUGCAUAUGCUGCCUUUCAAGCCUACAAUCUAUCCUACCAUAUGGUCACCGGGAAGUACGUGAUCCGCCACCAUUUUCGUCGCCACUUUGAUUUCUUCAUGGAUCAGGUACUGGCAUACCUUCUCAUUUCGGCAUCCUCGUCUGCAGCCACCCGGGUUGACGACUGGCAAUCAAAUUGGGGGAAGGAUGAGUUCACGGAGAUGGCUACUGCUUCGGUCAGCAUGGCCUUCCUGGCUUUUGUCGCCUUUGCGCUUAGCUCCCUCGUAUCUGGUUACAACCUCUGUACCUAUGAUUCUGCAUGAUAUAUAUCCUACCUACACGGUAGGCAGUCGGCACUAAUGCCAAGCCUACACGUCCUCCUCAACAGCCGCCUUGCUCUCACUAGGCCCUGAGGAGGUGCAAAUCGAAGUGUGAGUGGAUCAUAAUCAUUUAUAACCGACGGCCCGUAGACUCAAUUUUUCGUUUUUUCAAUGUUGUUUGUAAAGCUUCAAACAACGUGUUCCCAACAUGGCAAUUUGUGUGUAUAAUUAUAGACUUAAUAAAAAUAAAGGAAAACUAAUGAAAAGAUCUUGAAAA